CUGCGCGAUGUCAACGAGGAAGCGAGAACACAUGCACGCAGCACAUAACAUGUUGGAACCAGUAUGAGAGAAAAUACAUACCUUUUCCAUUUCACCUCCGCAAUUAAUAAAGAUACCGUCUCUACAGAGGAAGCAAGUCUUCAGCCUGCUGUUCAGACCGCUUGAGAUGGCAUGUCCUGUAGAGUCUGCUGUGAUGAAGAGCACUGUGCUUGUUGCUCCAGUGACUGCACUGGAAUUCCUGGGGGAGGAUUUCCUGCUGACAGGUGAGGGACCAGUCCUCUCUGUGUACAGUCUUCAGGCAUCUCCUAAAGAAUAUGCAUCCUUAAAUGUUCUUCAUAAUUACCGUAUCCAUGGGAUACGACCUAGUAGAAAACAUCAGUUUGGAGAGAGACCGUUCAACAAUUUAAUCUCAUCAGAAAGUUCUGUUUUGGCCAACAACAAAGAGGACAUCAUUGUUUUUGGAGGAAAAGGAGUUCGGCUGGUCAGCUUCAAUACUGGAGGACGAUGCCUAAAGCUCAUUGGUCCUGUCUUGGAGCUUCAAGACUGGAUUCUGGACAUUCAUUGGCUUAAAAAACAACCACACCCACUGUUAGGCAUAUCCUUGGCUCACAAUGCUGUGUUGCUUUUAGAUGCAGAAUCUGGUAAUGUUCUUUCCUUCUACUCUUGCGUAGAGACAUGUCUUCUUUACUCAGCACUUAUGAUUGGUCCAAAUUGGGAUUCUUUAGUGCUGGUAGGUGGGACUGUUUUCAAUCAGCUUGUGCUGUGGAGGCCUACUGGGACCAAACCUGAUGGCAAGUCCCAGGUAGAGAGACGCCUGUUGGGCCACACUGGAGUUAUUUUUAGCCUUUGCUACCUUCAGAAAUCUGGGUGGUUGGCAUCUGCCUCUGAUGACCGCAGUGUCCGUUUGUGGAGUGUUGGCACAUUGGGUGGAGAUGCAGGCUGUGGUGAGGAAUCACCAACAUGUCUUCGUGUGCUUUAUGGGCACCAGGCACGGGUCUUUUGUGUCAGGCUUGCAUCAAACCGUGUGUUCAGUGCAGGAGAAGAUGGAGCGUGCCUGCUCUGGGAAUGGGGAGGUGAAGGAAAGGUGGGACAUACAUUUAGAGGGCAUAGGUCAGGUGGAGUGAGGGCUCUGGCUGUCAGCGAGGAAAGUAUAGGCUGUAAGGAGGGAUGGAUGGCAACUGGAGGUGCAGAUGGUGGGGUAAGAAUAUGGAGAGUGGCAGAAGAGAAGAAAGACUGUGAGGAAACUCAGACAGAGACUCAGUUGGAUCUGGGGUUUAAAGGGCAGGGUUGUCCCAAAGUGGUCCGAUUAGUGGGUGAGGGUGAAUUGAAUACAAUUCUGGUCUGUACUGAUCAAGGAGAGGUGUACCUUAGUCAGGGUGACUCCUGGGAUGUCAUUUGGCAAGGGGGAGCAGAAUUCCAGUCCUAUUGUGUGAUGGAGAUCACAAGCAUCCAAGUUCAGAAUUCAGAUUGCAUUGUGUGGGUAUGUGCUGUGGGUAAUCUGAACGGAGGUGUCCAGGUGUUCCUUGUAGGUCAGCCAGGUGUUGGAGUCUUGCUAAGAGCUGGUGAGGGUAAAGUUCACUCUGUACUUUGGGCCAAAGGAUUGUUUGAAGGGUCCUGGAGUUGGUGUCUUCUUGCAUCAGGCUCCGAGGGACUAGUUUACCGAUGGACAAUAAAAGUGACAGAGGAUGAAUCAGGCUUGCAUAUGCAAGAGGAAACUCUUCUUCCAUUUCUGCUGCCUCCCUGUGCCAAACGCUGGCUGACUGCUGCAGUUACCUUGCCCAAGAGAAAGGGGUUGUACCUUUGUGGUGACCGGAGAGGGUCACUACUGCUCUACAAUGAUACAGAAGAGAAUGUCAGAAGAAAUGAAGGAAGAACAGACUUAGAAAAGAAAGAAACUGAAAACAAGCAAUCAGACCAUGGCAGUCCUCUGUCUCCCAUCAGUACCCUUUAUGGAGUGCAUGGAAAGCAAGGUGUGACUUCUGUGUGUGAGUAUCAAGACUUAUGUUACAGUACAGGUCGAGACGGAUCUGUAAGAAUACUAACUGUUGAAGAAAGUGUCCUGAAGGUACGCAGAGUUCAACGGGCCUGCAGAGGCAUGGAGUGGAUAGAGAAAGUUCUGUUUCUGGGCUCGGAUGGACCUGAGGUACGGGAAAAGUUGCUGAACGAGGGAAUUGAGAAGAGGACGAUUGAUCAAGGGAGUGCAAGCAUAGCCGAAACUCGGUUUGUAAUGGUUGGCUUCCAUUCGGUUCACUUCAUUAUAUGGGACCCUCACAGACAAGAGAAGCUUUUAUCAGUUGCCUGCGGAGGUGGCCAUCGAUCCUGGGCCUAUAAACACCCGAUAUAUGCCGACACAGAUCCUCGAGCACAUACACUUAGACAAGGCACCCUUGUGUUCAUCAAGCAUGGAGCUGUCAUGGCAUCACACUCAUUAGCAUCCACAGAAACCGAUGUGAAUGGACUCACAGUGAAAGAGGGGCUACAUGGACGAGGCAUCAGCUGUGUUUGCCACCUUGGUAGUCUCACCAAGACUGGACAAUUUUCAGAACUUUGGGAAGUUUUUGUUACCGGAGGGGAGGAUACAACAGUAGGUGUACUCGCCAUCAGUGCGAAGAGUGGAAAUGUUAAAGUGCUCUCAGUUCUAACGGAUCAUAUCUCAAAUGUUCGUGCGCUGGCUGCAAUCAGAAGAAGAGAAACUAAUGAAAAGGGGGGAGAUGACGAUACCACCUCGGUCUGUUCUUUGGUGUUUUCUGCGGGUGGCCGGGCCCAGCUGCAGUGUUAUCGGCUCUUGAUUCGUUUGGAUGAGCAGCAGGGUCAGCCAGUCUGUCAGGUCACUCAGAUAGCUGGCCAUCGAUUGGAUGAACAGUGGGAACGGAAGCGGAACCGACACAAGACUGUCAAAAUGGAUCCAGAGACAAGGUACAUGUCUAUGUCUGUUGUGCAUAAUGGGACUGAAUGUGUCCUGCUGGCUAUGGGCUGUAGUGAUGGUGCAGUAAGGCUUUUCAGUGUGACUGAGAGCAGUAGUAGUGUUGACAUGCUUUGGGAGUGUUUUUACCAUCAGAGGUGUGUGCUCAGCGUCGCCACCUACAAGCUGGAGGACUCCCUGGACAGAAAGCUUUUGUUGCUGUUCAGUGCCACUACAGAUGGUUGUAUAUCUGUGUGGGAUUUAACAGCAGUUUUGAACAGUAAGGCUAGUGUCAGCUGGCAGGGUCCAUCAGCCCCGUUCUUUUCCAUUCCUGUCCAUCAAAGUGGAGUCAAUGCGCUUACCAUCUCACCUAGGAGAGAAAUGAGGCAAAUGGAAGAGAAUGUUAUCUCAUUGGCCAGUGGUGGAGAUGAUGGACAGCUGUCUCUAAUGCAUAUUAAGAUAGAUCAGAAAAAGCAAGAAAAUGGAGGCGUGUCUCUACAGCUGCUUGCCCAUUGGUCAGUGCCCUUGGCACACUCUUCCCCUCUCACAGGGUUAUGCUUACUAAGCCCCACACUACUGGUGACCACCUCACCGGACCAGCGCUUGUGUUUGUGGAGUAUGAACAGUGACGGACUCCACCCACUGAAGGUGCUGUUCUCACACACUGCGGAUGCAGCUGGGUUGUGGGCGUGGUUUGGACAAGAGGGAGGAGCCUGGGUGGUUGUUUGUGGGCAGGGCUUACAGUUGUUUCAGCUGACGGAAAGAAAAAUGGAUGAACUGCAUGAAACUGUUAACAGGAACAUAAAAGAAGGGGAGAGAAAGAAAGUGAUGUUUCCACAUCAUGUUUCAAGGACAAAACACUGACUUUGUGAUUAAUAAAUUAGGAUUCUAAAGAUUUUCUAAGUUGUAAGGUGUGAGAUUUUCAAAUAAAGAACUUUUUAUUUUAAUAUGUGACUAUUUUUUGUGUCAGUUUAAAGUAAAU